AAGAUAAGCGAGCUAGGAAGUAGCUGGACACUCGUUUCCAAAUCGGAAAAGAGGGCAGGCGCGUAACAAGCUCAAACCCGCCUAGGCGUCUUCCCUUGUUAAAACGGCAGCGGUGUGAGAAGCCCAGGAGACACGGAUAGGGAGCCCGAGCUUGAGAUGCUCCUGGCUCGAAAUUAGCAACUUUGAAGUAUAGAUUAUUACGAUGGCAGCUCGUGCUCGUGUUGCUGGCUUGUUGCUCAAGCGUGUGAAAUGACCGGACACCUUCCGGAUCCAAGCCGCGGUACGACUUCUGCAGGCUUAAUAGCGGACGCGCGUGCAGGUGCUUGUCAGCCUUCAAUAUACUCAAUACACAUUGUGAGGGCAAACUGAUACGAGGACUGGUGAGUGUUCAGCGAUAUACAUCCGUCAAGCCGUCGCUCAGCAUUUCUACCUCGCUCACCCCGCGAGUUCAGCCCGUCGAGUAACCUUGUGGCGCGCCGUCGUCAGUACUCCCAGCUUCUGCAUUGAGCCAGGUGCUACGUGAAUACAAUGAGGACUUCGCUGUGGGGCCACGCCCGCCCACACGCCCCCCCACACACACACCCGGUGGUUGGGUACUCCCAGUUCCCCCGCUUCUUCCCAUCACGCCAGUUCUCCAUGGGGUGUAUCAUCAACCAGCUGGACGCGGACCUGAAGGCGACGAAGCUGGUGCACGAGCAGGAGGUCCGGGAGCUGAAACUGGUGUAUGAGGAGGAGGCCCGGGAACUGAGGCGGGUGCACGAGGAGGCAGUUGGUGAGCUAAACCGGGUGCACGCGGAGGUGGUUGGUGAGCUGAAACGGGUGCACGCGGAGGAGGUCUGCAUGCUGAAGGAGGAGGUCGCCGAGCUGCAGCGGGAGCUCGAGUCGGGGACGAGGGGCCUGCGGAGGUGAGCUGGCUGUGGGACGUUAGCUAGUGGACAUAUAUUGAUCAGAUGGAUGGUGGAGGGUGGAUGGUGGAGGGUGGAGGAUGGAUGGUGGCCAUACUGCCGUAAGAAGGCGGUGAAAACCGCCGUGUCUAGGACAAUGGACGAUGGAUGAUGGACAAUGGACAAUGGGCAAUGAUCACUGACAGUCAGGGAGAACCUGUAAUGGACAAUGAGA